AGAGGUGAGUGAGGACAUUUAACGAAGAAAGAAACACAGAAUCGAUUUCUGUAAGAGGAAGGUCGUUGUAUAACAUCAUAGAAAAAUGUCUAAGAAGAAAGAGGUGAGUGAGGACAUUUGAAGAAGAAAGAAACACAGAAUCGAUUUUUGUACGAGGAAGGUCGUAGUAUAACAUCAAAGAAAAAUGUCUAAGUACCGAAUGAUGGACGCUACCAGGAACAUGCGUUUCCGUAUACAAACGACUGGAAAUGACACUUUCCUAGCAACAAUCGACUCACAGGAGGCUGACUAUGACAACGAUGGUGCUCUAUAUUAUGUGGUAGUAGUUGUCCUUAUAUAUGGACUGUCUAUUGUUAUGAUGAUUGCUUCACAUAUAAGAAGAAAUAAACAAGAUGGGCAGUUAAGGUGCUAUCUCAAGGAAAUGGCAAUACUUCGAAAGAAAAACAGACGUGAAAAACUGUUGGAAAAAAUGACUGACCUUGCAUUUAAAUCUGGGCCUUUCUUAAAUCAAAAAGUUGAGGAAACUCCUCUUAAUGGGAACAAAAAGGAAAAUAUAGCCCUGUAUAGUAGAUUACCAACAGAGGCAGACGAUGAAUCACGUGACCUGCUGUCAAAAACAAGCACAAGUGACUAUGAGGAUUCUGUGUUUAGUACAGACACUCCAAAAUUAGAAUCACCUGCCACACCAAAGAUUUCACCGUCAAGACUGCUCACACCAAAACUUGUUCGUGCCGACGGGAAAUCUUUUAUUCAAAUUCAAGUAAUAAAUGAAAACACUGUGCUCUAGUAAUCAAGUAAUGACAAAGUUACAUAUAUCAUAUGGUACCAGAUGUCCAAGUGUUAUUUAUUGUCACUUGAACAAAGACAUAUAUUGGGUUUUUAUAUUUUCUUAGUCAUUAGUUGACAUAACCCACUCGUAUAUUUUUAUACAGUUAUACAAUGUAUCAUUGUAUUUUCAUAAUAUGAUAUGAAUUAGAGUCAAAAUAUUUUCAUACUAUCUGCAUUUAGGAAAUUCUACAAAAGGACGUGCGAGAUAAAAGUCUUAUGUAUACUAAAGGUAAAACCUGUUACACUUUCUUAUGUAAACAAGUCGAGUAACUAUAUAAUUUGAUAAAGUCACAAAGUUUUUUUUAUAGCAAGGAAGACCACAUAAUGUAUGCGAACGUUUAUUGAGUUAUGUAUCUCUUUCUAUCUAUUCGAAUACGUAAAUUAGUUUCGAUGUCGGGUUGUAAGGCAACAAGUAUUGAUAAAACAUGAUAGUAGCUCUAUAAAGUUUCUUUACAAUUUAGAAUAGAAACAACGAUACGACUUCUUAUGUCUUAGCAACGUUUUAAAACACAGCGGUUUGAUAACGAUAAAGGGGUCAACCACUUAACCCAGUGAUCAUGGAUUAAAACCUUCCUUUGGCAAAACCAUAUUUUCCUGGUAUUACAGUAGUGCUGGUUACUCGGGAUUGACUGAUACAAGUCGUUCGAUCACGAUCAAUAUUUUACUAUCGAGUUAAAAUAAAAACAAUUAAUCUAGAAAAAUCAAGCGUUUCUAAAUAAAAAAGAUUCAUAUACAUAACUACACAAAACACACAUAUCUGGUAAGAUAUAUUGCUUUAGUUAUAAAACAUGUUCCUCCUUUCUGUGUUAUGACAACAAAUACAUUGAUAGGGACAGCAAACUCAAUUGUUUUUUUCCGCACUGAUUAAAGGUGGUAAUAUCUUAG